CAACACUUUAACUACUGAGUCACGCCAGUCAGGGCUUACCCCCACCUUCACAACCCCACCCUUCUCUUCUCUUUCCUCCUCACUUCCUCAGCCCUACCUCCAUCUUCACCCCUAAUACUGUUUCCCCACCUCACACCAUCCCCACCUCCCAGGAUGGAUCUUUCCAUACAGCAGAGAUCCCCCAUCAGGCCCCCCUCAUCAAGUCCUGGUCUGUCCUCCGCAUUCUCCCAGUGUUGAGGAAAAGCCUAGGGCCAUGCUGCUAGGACAAAACGGAUGCGAUAGAAUCAUCCCUGGAGAAGCCCUCGGCUUCCUGAUCCUAUCUGGACCUUACAGGCUGGAUGCUGGCCAAACAGUAAAAAUGAACUCAUUCCCACCCAGACAAGUUGAGGUCUGAUGUCCAGAUGGAUCUCUCUACACUGUAGGUGGGUGCCAGGUAUGGGGGGAAGUGGAGAGACAUGCGCAGAGGGCCCCCAAAGGAGGCAGUGGCAACCUUUCCUGGGAGGCUGGGAGUGUAACCAAUCUAUUCAGCAUGGCCAGUCCCAAGGCAGGGAGAUGGGCAGAAGCUGAAGCAAGGAGGCCUGCAGGGUUGUUUAGGAAUGCCUGCCAUCAUGAGCAUCCCCGGGUCUCUACCCUGCCUGUAGCUCUUGCUUAGUCAGCUCAGAUUAAUGGGGCCAGGGAGAGAAUGAGCUGAAUCGUGAUCUUUUAGGGAACUUGACUAGAGAACCAUCCGUGAGUCACAGAGAAAAGGGAUCCCAUGCUCUCACGACUACUCUGGAAGCUCCAGGGUGUGGGCACCCCUCAAGAUCCCCAGGUUGCAACAGAGAGCCCCCUGGGAGGUCUGACCUAACCCUCUACCUCUUGCUCAUAGGAGGGUGCAUGGUCAGUCAGCUUCCAACCCUGACCCCCUUCCUGAAACUACUGCUUCUGACAAACUACAGCUGUCCUGGCCACCAACACACACACACACACACACACACACACACAGAAUGGGGUGUGUCUCUGGAACUGGAUUGCCAGGAGACAGUUGGAGAUCCCACCUACACUUGUAAAUUCCACAGCCAUGUCCCAGACUAUACCAGCUCAUCAGUCUUGGAAGGCAUCGGAUACACACAAGGACACACACACGCAUACACACACACACACUACUGUAAUCAGAAAACCCAAUCAUCAGACUCUGUAUUUAGCGGUCCCCCCACAACAGAGCCAGAGUGGCCACAGAAAUGUCCCCUGUCAGAGGCGUACCCAGCCCCUUCUUGGAGGAGAGGGGAGCCCAUGUGGAGUCUUACAGAGCAUGUGGCUUUGGAGGGGAGGCUCGGCUUCUGUGGGCCUUCCCAUGAGCAUGUCCAAUCUGGCAGGGCUGGGAGGGUGUUGGAGCAAAAAUUCUUUGGGUUGACAACGCCAAGAGGACCUGGGGUUGUUGGAGAGAGAAGGAGGGGGCUGGAGCCCAGGAGCUGGAUAGGUUCAGAGAAACCCCCACAUCUUUCCACUUUCCAUCCUUCUCCUCAGAUGGGCAAGAAAAUGAUUAGGUGCUCCGAGCUGGCUUCACCCAGCCCAGGUGCCUGGAGGAAGGGCCAGCGGGCAGGCACCUGCAUGGCAGAGAGCAGUCGUUCCGCUGGUGGGGCCUGUUUCAAAUAGAGAGGGGCUUGGGUGGGAGGGACUCCCAGUGCUCUUCUCACUCCAAAGUUUGAUGAGUCCAGGCUGUUAAGGUAAAGCUUGCCUCGUGUGUGUGUGUGUGUGUGUGUGUGUGUGUGUGUGUGUGUGUGUGUGUACGCGCGCUCUGGGUGGUGUGGGGGGCGGGGCUCUGCCGGUAUAUGUUUGUCUUACACUAGAUCUGUAUUAUUAGUAGUGGUGGCGGAAUUAAUAUCCCUAAAAAUAGAUUGGUAAUAAUGAGCAUUCCUUCUGAUAAUGAUAUGUCUAAGCGUGAAAGGCCUGUAACUGAAGAAAUAGUAGAAUCCUGUGCCAUCUUAUGCCCCCACUAAGAUGGGCAUGCAGCUGGAUAUAAGCAUUCUUGACCACCCCCAAGGGGAGCACCCGGGAAAGGGCAAAUGGUUGAAGGGGAAAGAUCUUAGCCACCAUUCCUCCCCUGAAGUGCCACGAGCCUGGGACCCCAAUAAAAGAGGCAGGAGCAGCGGACAAGAUGGUGUCGGUUUUUCUGCUUCUCAUUCAGUCCCCAGGACAGCCAGGUGAGGUAUGUAGGGCAAUGAUGAGGACCCCAUUUUAUAAAGGAGAAAAUGAGGUUCAUUCCUGUGACUGGCCCACACUGAUGGCAGGGCUGGGAGAGGAUGCUUGUGGGGUCCUUGGUGAGGACUCCUUGUGAGGGCCACCCGGGUGGAGGGGAGCCUUCUGAGAUGAUAAAUAUCAGGUUAGGAGGGUAUGAGGUGAAACAAAGGUUCUGUCAUCCCUAUUGGUCUUCCAGUUCAAAUGCUCAGCUGCCAAUCACCACCACAGCCAAUCCAUUCUUCAGCCAGUGGCCAAUGCAGCCCACAGGAGGCUGGGGGUGGGACUACCAGGCUCAGCCUUGUGUGACUUCAUAUGGAGGAGGGACUUCUGGACCACAGAUGGGCAGAGCUAAUGGGUACUCAGAGUUAAGGAGCUUCCUCCCAAUCCCUAUCCCAUUCUGUCACCCCUCUUCAGCCAAUGUGGCUGGAGGAAGCUUGUUUUCAAGAAGGAUGAAGGCAAUGUUUCAUAAUCUAUGAAAAAUCCUCCUGUUCCUUCAGUCACUCCCUACAUUACCAUCUAUCCUUUGGUCCUUUUCACAGCGGGACAGACUGAGGAUUAGAAAGAACUUUCUUCCCUGGAAAUCAGUGUCUAAGGCAGCCGUGGGCAAACUACGGCCCGCAGGCCGGAUCCGGCCCGUUUGAAAUGAAUAAAACUAAAAAAAAAAAAGACCGUACCCUUUUAUGUAAUGAUGUUUACUUUGAAUUUAUAUUAGUUCACACAAACACUCCAUCCAUGCUUUUGUUCCGGCCCUCCGGUCCAGUUUAAGAACCCAUUGUGGCCCUCGAGUCAAAAAGUUUGCCCACCCCUGGUCUAAGGCCUCAGACCACUGCAUUACUCCUGGGAGGAUUAAGCGGGCAAGAAGUCCCCACCCCCAGCAGCCCAGCAAUCCAGUCGGGCCCCCAGUGGUUCUAGGUCACCUUGGCUACCCACAAGUUCCUUGCCAGGCCUGUUCUCGCUGUCAGACACAGUCAUGCCUUUAAAAAUCCCUGGGGAAGGUGGGAGGUUAGUGGCUUCUUCUCCCUAAGUUGCCCAAGUAAGCGUUUCAUGUUUCUUUAAUUUUGCCUCCCCCUCCACCUGCUGACCUUGGAGGGCAAGCUGACCUUACUUCUGGGAGCAAGAUCUGAAGGUGGGCUCACAGCUGCAGAGCCUGGACUCCAGAGUUGGCAGGAGGGAGGAAAAGGCAGACCAUGAAGGAUACCCAAGAGCAAAAGAUCCUUUGGGGACUGGGGGUGUUUAGGUGGGAGGUCUCUGGAAAGGGGCAUCUAAGGAGUAGGGGGAACCCAGGAGAGUCAAUCUCUCAGACUAGGUGGUCAUAGCAGAGGAAAGAAGGGGUUCUGGUAGAUAUGUCUUAAAAGGGGAUGAAUGGGAGCUUCCCCCUCCCCCCCUUGAAACCAAGCAUUCUCUCCUUCCCAUCAACCAAUAAGCAUCCACAGGCAGGUCAAGGGUUCCCAUCAGUCUCUAUUUAUCCAAGCACACUAGCUGCUAUUUGUUCACCCAUCUGCCUGUCUAUUGAUCCAUGUGUCCACCUUUCCAUCCAGUCAUUUGUCUACCCAUCAAUCUGUCCAUACAUUGAUCUGUCAAUUCCAUCCAUCCAUCCUUCCAUUCACCCACCAAUCCAUCCGUCAGCCAUCCACCCAUCCAUCAGCCAUCCAUCCAGAGAGGUCAGGUCCCAGUUGGUCUCCCCAGAGCUGCUGGGAAGGGCCUGUGGCCCCAUGGCAUUUAUGGGGCAUGUGACCUGCCUGCCAGGCCUGGGGAAGCAGCCCCGCCCCAGCCCUCAGGCAGGGGGCUGGUCCAGGCAUGUGGGAGUAUUUAUACCUCCAUGGAGGCUCCUGGGGUGUUGCUGGCCUGAUGACUCCCUGAAGCCGUGAUGGUGGCCAUGGCCCAGAGCCCACUCCGGCUUUCUUCGAGGCCAGGACUGGGUGAUGGUGUCGCUCCUCCCGCCGCAGUCUGACGUCACGCUGCCGGGCCCCACCAGACUGGAGGGCGAGCCCCAAGGGGACCUCAUGCAGGCCCCAGGCCUCCCAGGCUCGCCUGCCCCACAGAGCAAGCAUGCCGGCUUCAGCUGCUCGUCAUUUGUGCCCGAUGGCCCUCCGGAGAGGGCACCCUCACUGCCCCCACACAGCCCCAGCAUCGCAUCACCAGGCCCUGAGCAAGUCCACUGCGCAGCGGGUCCUGGCCCCAGCCCUUUCCGGCUCUCACCCUCAGACAAGUACCCCGGCUUCAGCUUUGAAGAGGGCCCGGCCAGCAGUCCCGGGCGCUUCCUCAAGGGCGGCCACGUGCCUUUCCACCCGUACAAGCGGCAUUUCCAAGAGGACAUCUUCCCCGAGGCCCAGACUGCCCUGGCCCUCGAUGGACACGCCUUUAAGACCCCGGGGGUGCUGGAGGCCUUUGAAGAGAUCCCUGUGGAUGUGGGGGAGGCUGAGGCCUUCCUGCCUGGCUUCUCAGCAGAGGCCUGGUGCAAUGGGCUCCCCUACUCCAGCCAUGAGCACAGCCCCCAAGUCCUGGGGUCGGAAGUCAAGGUCAAGCCCCCAGCUCUGGAGACUGGUCCUGGCAUGUACUGUUUCCAGCCCCCCUUGCAGCACAUGUACUGCCCCUCCCAGCCUCCCUUCCACCAGUACUCACCAGGUGGCGGCAGCUACCCUGUACCCUACCUGGGCUCCCCACACUAUCCGUACCAGCGGAUUGCACCCCAGGCCAGCACUGAUGGGCACCAGCCACUCUUCCCCAAACCCAUCUACUCCUACAGCAUCCUCAUCUUCAUGGCCCUUAAGAACAGUAAAACUGGGAGCCUUCCUGUCAGCGAGAUCUACAAUUUCAUGACGGAGCACUUCCCAUACUUCAAGACGGCGCCCGACGGAUGGAAGAAUUCUGUCCGCCAUAACCUCUCUCUCAACAAAUGCUUCGAGAAGGUGGAGAACAAAUCGGGAAGCUCCUCUCGCAAGGGCUGCCUGUGGGCCCUCAAUCCAGCCAAGAUUGACAAGAUGCAGGAGGAGCUGCAGAAGUGGAAGAGGAAAGACCCCAUAGCCGUGCGCAAGAGCAUGGCCAAGCCAGAAGAGCUGGACAGCCUCAUUGGAGACAAGAGGGAGAAGCUGGGCACCCCACUCCUGGGCUGCCCACCCCCUGGGCUGGCAGGCUCAGGCCCCAUCCAGCCCCUGGCACCUCCAGUUGGGCUCUCCCAGCCGCUGCACUCAAUCCACCCGGCUCCAGGCCCCAUUCCUGGCAAAAACCCCCUGCAGGACCUACUUGGGGGUCACGCGCCCUCCUGCUAUGGGCAGACAUACUCACACCUCUCACCGGGCCUGGGCCCUCCUGGACCUCCGCAGCCAUUGUUCCCGCAGCCAGAUGGUCACCUUGAGCUGCGGGCCCAGCCAGGCACCCCCCAGGACUCGCCUCUGCCUGCCCACACCCCACCCAGCCACAGCACCAAGCUGCUGGCUGAGCCUUCCCCAGCCAGGACCAUGCAUGACACCCUGCUGCCAGACGGAGAUCUCGGCACUGACCUGGAUGCCAUCAAUCCCUCGCUCACCGACUUUGACUUCCAGGGAAACCUGUGGGAACAGCUGAAGGAUGACAGCUUGGCCCUCGACCCCUUGGUACUGGUGACCUCAUCCCCGACAUCAUCUGCAAUGCCGCCACCUCCCCACUGCUUCCCUCCAGGGCCCUGCCUGGGGGAGACAGGCAGCGGGGCGGGUGACUUGGCAUCACCAGGCAGCGGGGGCUCGGCAGCCCUGGGUGACCUGCACCUCACCACCCUCUACUCAGCCUUCAUGGAGCUGGAGCCCCCGCCCCCCUCGGCCCCCGCCGGCCCCUCUGUGUACCUCAGCCCCAGCUCCAAGCCCAUGGCCCUAGCAUGAGCCAUGCCCGGCAGCAGCUCCAGCCUUGGCCUGGCCUGGAGGCCCCCGCUGGCCGCCCACAUCGGGCUCACCUUAAAGGUCAAAGAAGGAAAACUCUCCCCGUCCCCUCUGCCACGAAGCCAACUUGUUUGUUAGCGGACAGCCGGGGGUGGAGACGCCACCCAGGAUGCUACCCCUCACACAUUUCUGCUGCCCGGUGGGCCAGCUCCUCACUCAGAGCCCCUGAGAACAAGUGUCUGGGCAAAAAUUUCACCCGCCCUCACUCAUCCACACUCCAGCCUCCCUGCCCCGUGCCCGUGCGCGCACACUGUUCUUCAGACAUACACCCACCCCCACGCCUUCUAUCCUGAGGAACCGGAACUACGUCACAGAGCCUAACUUGCUUUCGGGGGCAGCUGAGAGCUUCGGUGACCUCCAUGCAGGCCCAAGACCACCCUGACCACUAUUUUGACGCCCACACUCUCUUUGGGCCUGGCCCCCUCCAGGCAUGAUCUUCCCCCGAAGUCGAGGUAUUUAUUCUCCCAUCUUCAUUCCAGCGCCUGUGAGGGAGGAGGAGACACGGAGCCUCCCUCUCCCCAAGUUGCCCGGGGACUCCCCAGGGGCCUGCAGGCUCUGCCCAUCCUCAGCACAUGCUCUGUCUAGCCCCAGGGUGACACACAGGAGGGACCACGUCCACCCCAGGCCCAAACUGAGCCCAAUUCCAACACAAAGUGUUUGGAAAAGCCCCUGCCCUCGGAAACUUGAAAGUGUCCUCUUCUCCCAGCCCGGGGUACAGGCAGGGCCCCUCCAAGUCACUGCGGUCUCACUCCUUCUCGAUAAGCUCAUGUAGAUUAGGCCCCAGCUUACUGAUUACUUCCAACCGCCUGAGGCAGCCUGGGCAUUCAGGGAAGGGAAGCCUGGCACAGGCUGGCGGGGAGCACCCAUGUCCCCUCUCUCUGACUGCUUGACAGACCUGGGAUGCCCUUGGAGUUGGGGGCGUGGCCCUGUUGCCCUCCAGGCCCUACCUGGGAGCCCAACCCCCACCACGUGGGAGCCUCAGCCUAACCUGGGCCUGGGGAUGACAAGAACCCACAGAGUUUGGCCUCCGGGGAGGCUCAGGCAGAUCCCUCGAUGGCCUGCCAUUGUCCUUGCCCUGGAACAAUAAAGCAAGUGCCAUGUGGUCUCAGCUCCGAGCCUUCCUUUCUGGACCUCUCUCCUGGGGAGAACGGUCAGGCCGCACUGACUGUAGAUGCCCUGGGCCUGUGACAUCCCCCCACCCUCAUUCAGGACUGGGAAGCAUCUGGGAGGACUUUCUGACCAGCCGAGAGGAUGAGGGGGAAUGUGGGCAGAGCGUCUUCCCAGGUGAACUUUCAAGGGGGAUGCAAAGAAGCAGCUGCCCUGCCCGGAGGGAGAGGAUGCCCUCCCCUUGUCCCCACUUUGAGAUCCACCCACUCUCCUCAUUUCCUCACACAAGAAGGGGUCACUUCCCUGUCCAGGCUGUGCCUUCCUGCCCCCCAUCUUUCCCUGGCUGGGCUCUGGGUUCCACAGGUGACAUGAUCAGAGCAUAGCUGGGUGCUAUG